AUUACACCCACCAGUGUCCAGGCUGGCUGGAAACAUUGAAAGAAGAAGAAGAAGAAGACUUUCCGCUUCCUGGCUGCUCCCCUUCGGUGCAGCCAUAAUGGUUGCAGCUGGCAAUGUUUGAAACAGCGUAUUCUCAUCAAGAUAUACUAUUUCACCGAAACAUUUUGCCGUUCCAACCAACAAGCUGACUAGAACAAACAUUUAGCGGCUCCUCGGUUAGUUUUGCGUUCGCGGUUUCUGUGUUUUAUCAUUAAAUACGACGCGGUGUUAACCAAAUAAUGCUAACGCUAAGCUAGCACAGCUGCAUCUAAACAUAACGUUUUAAUUUGCUAACGGGGCUGCUUUUAACCGGGAUUUGUGGCCGAAAUGAAGUCAUUUCUUAUAAGUGCCCAUUAAGCCUAUUUAUUUGUGUCUUGAAAGUUUUUUUAUAAUUUCAAAUACUUGUAUUGUGUGAUGCCCAAACGGCCACUGUGCUUUUGAAUUGAGCUUCACACCGUUCAGUGGAAAACAUGUGGCGCAACACUUGAGCAUUUUUCUGAGCUACGUUCACACCGCCCUCGUUGACGCGCGUUCAAAUUCAGUUCCAAAUUGAUGUCCUUGUCCUUAAAGACCCGCUCCAAUGAAACUCAUGUUUUUGGGUGGUUUUAGCAUGUUUGUGUAGUAUUUUUUUUCUCAUGCUAGGAAAAAUAUUUAAAGAAAAAUUAGAUUAAAACUGUAUGUCUUUAUGGAGUCCAAUCUUCAAUUGACUGGAAAAAGGAGUCCGUGUUGGGUUUGGAAUCAGGACCGUGCCAUCCAUUUGAAAUUUGAUUAUGGAGGAGAAAUUAAUCAUUGCGGUUUGUGCCAGACCAGAACUAUAUGACUCCAAACUAGUCAUGUAUCGGGAUAGAGCUGUCAGGAAAAAAACCUGGAAUAGUGUAUCGGAGGAGGUUGGAUUACCACCGGAUCAGUGCAGGAAAAGGUGGAAGAGUCUUCGAGACCGCUAUAUGAGGGAUAAGAGGAAGGAGUUGGAACGAAGGAACAGCUCAGAAGGAGGUCCAUGCAAAAGAUGGAAAUACUCUGCUGUCCCGUCCUUCCUGGACCCGUUCUUCUCCCCGCGGGAGAUGAGUGGGAACAUGGACUCAAGUUUGGAGGACAGAACGGGGGAGUACGAUCCCGAGGCAGAAACAGCAGCAGCAUCAUCAGCAAUCGCUGACUUUAGCGAGCCCAGCUCCCCGUUCUCAGAGCAGGAGUCUCUGCUGGGACCAGCUACUGCUUCCUCUAGCCCUUCAUCUGCUCGUGCCCGUUCCUCUUCUCCGGGCCCAUUCGCUGCAGCAGGACAUUUCUCUUCUCCAGGCCCAUCCACCGCUGCAAGACAAUCACCGUCUCCGGGUCCAUCUGCUGGUGCUGGACAAUCCCCCUCUCCAGGCCCGUUUGCUGCUGCAGGAUAUUUCUCCUCUCCAGGGUCUUCCACUGCUGCUGGAUCCAUACGAUCAAGAAAAAAGAGGAAAAGAUCUCAGGAGGAGCUUCUGAACCUAGACAGAGAGAUCCUUCGAGCUCUGCAGGCCGGGCCACCGGCUCCCCCCCCUCUACCUCCUAUGUCGGAUACUGAGCUUUUUCUCAAAAGUAUAAUUCCAAUGAUUGACGUCCUCCCUCCCGUCAGGAGAGGGGCUUUAAAGUUAAAAAUACACAGUCUUGUCUUCGAGGCAGUAUCUGAAUCAAUGUAAAUUAAUAUAUAUAUAUACUUUUUUCAUGUAUAUUGUGGGGUUGACUUUGUACAAAAUUAUAUUGUUGUGGUUUCUUAUAUGACUGACUUUAUUUUACUUUCAAUCAGGUCAAUAAAAAGUCACUUUUUAUUUAGA